AUGCUUAAUGCAUCAUCAGACGCUGAUCCACCAGUGACAAAGGAAGAAGUAAAUGUCAACUUUGUUUUAAAGGAUGCUCUUGAAGUCCCGAGCUUUGUCUGGGACAUGACAACAGUUGAAAAGCUCAACCUCUCCCACAACAAACUGUCUGUGCUCCCUCCUACAGUGGCCAAACUCCAACAAUUAUCGGUGUUGAACCUGUGUGGAAAUUGCAUUGUUCACCUUCCCAGAGAGAUCGGCCUGUUGCAGACUCUUGAAGUGUUGUUUGUCAAUAUGAAUUACCUGUGUGAACUGCCAGAGGAACUGAGUUUAUGUAAGAAGCUGGAAGUCCUCAGUCUGUCACACAAUUUUAUAUCAGGACUUCCAUCAACAUAUAGUGACUUAUCUAAACUGAAGAAGUUACAUUUAAGCAACAAUCGGAUAAUUAACAUUCCCGCAUGUGUCUUUCAGAUUAGAACGCUGGAUUUUCUACACCUGGACUCAAACAAAAUAAAAAGUAUUGCAGAGAACAUUAAAUAUUUGGAAUGUUUGAAAAUACUGAUUAUUGACAAUAAUUGCAUUAAUGCUUUACCUUACUCUAUCUGCUUAUUGACCUCUUUGGAGUUGUUAAAUGAGGAUUACAAUAAUCUACAAACAAUUCCCACCGAUCUCUUUUUGUUAAAGAGAUUGACAAGAAUUGGAUGGAGCCCAGUGGGCAAAGGUCUUCAUGUUGUACAUAAUCCCUUAGUCAAACCCUUGUCAGAGACGGUGGAAGGAGGGCUACAUAUGCUCUUUAGUUACCUUAAAGACAUAAAAAAGUUAAAUUGA